AUGGCUACGAUUAUAUUGGGCGUUCAAUGGGGAGAUGAAGGAAAAGGCAAGCUUUGCGAUAUUCUCAGCUCCGAUGUUCAAAUUUGCGCCCGAGCUACCGGCGGGAGAAACUGCGGUCACACUAUCGUUGCUGCAGGGGUAUCAUACGACUUCCACAUGCUACCAUCAGGCCUGCUUCACCCGUCAACUACAAAUAUAAUUGGACCUGGUGUUGUCCUACACGUGCCUACUUUCUUCUCCGAGCUCGCCAGCAUCGAGGCGAAAGGAGUCGUAAAUGCCCAACAGAGACUUAAGGUCUCAACGCGUUGCGCACUAAACCUCGAUCUUCAUGCAGUCGUGGAUCGUCUUCACGAAGGGCAGCUUGGCAAGAAGAACAUAGGUACCACAGGUAAAGGUAUUGGCCCUGCUUACAGCUCUAAGGCCGAUAGGAGUACCGUACUUCUCGGCGAUCUUCUCGACGAUGAUGAAUUCGGAGACCGAAUCAGGGCAAUGGAACGGGGUUACAAACUGAGAUUCGGCGGGGACUUGGCCGGAUACGACGUCGAGGCGGAAAUCAAAAAGCUCGAGAACUUCCGUGAGAAACUCCGCCCCUUUUCCAUAGACGACGUGGAAUUCCUCGAGGAGGCCCAGGAAAAAGGACAAAAAAUCCUCAUCGAAGGCGCGCAAUCAGCCCUCCUAGAUAACACGUACGGAACCUGGCCCUAUGUAACGUCGACAACCACCACUUUCGGCGGCGUAAUGGCCGGGUUAAAUCUCAACUACCGAAAGAUAGAUUCCGUCAUCGGCGUCCUGAAAGCGUACUGCACGCGAGUCGGAUCCGGCCCCUUCCCCACGGAAGACUUCGGCGACGUCGGCACCAAGCUCCAGGAAAUCGGGCACGAGUUCGGCGUGACCACGGGACGCAGGCGCCGCUGCGGCUGGCUGGAUCUAGUCUCGGCAAAGUACUCGAACAGCGUCAACCACUACGACUCGUUGAACCUGACCAAGCUCGACGUCCUCGAUACGUUUGAAGAGAUCCAGGUAGCGGUAGCUUACCGGCAUCCCGAUACCAAGGAGCUCAUCAGAGGUUUCCCCGCCAGCGCGAAGCUCCUGUCUCGAGUCGAGGUUGUGUAUAAGACCAUGAAAGGCUGGAAUGCCACGACGACCGGCACCAAGAAAUUUGACCAUCUGCCCAAGGAGGCCCAGGACUACGUCACGUUCAUCGAAGACUUCCUCGGCGUCAAGAUCAAGUGGAUUGGGUGCGGACCCAAGCGAGAAGACAUCCUAACUCGUUGA